UUUAGCCAAGAUGUCAGAAAUGAAGAUUUUGUUAUAAAACCUAGGAAAAUAUUUUUGAGAACCUCAACUAAAAACUACGAUAAUAUUGGAAACAAAGACACAUUGUUUGUCUAUCAAUUGUUCUACAAAGACUGAGCAUAUAGUUCUAGACUACUCAAAAGGACUUAAAGAGUGGCCAAAGGUGUGUCUAAUAAACCCAGCUAUUAUUUGACGCACCCUAAACCUCUGUUUGGCAGCUAAGAACUCGAGAGAGAUUUGACCUACCCAUUUCUUUA